AUGGAACUGCAAUUCCCUUCCUUGCAAGUCCUGUUUACUUUUUUGCUCCUUGUGAUUGUGGUACUGCAAUUAAGGAAGAGAGGCCAUAAAAACAACUCCUCUUCUCCAAAUCUACCACCAGGGCCAUGGAAGCUACCAUUUAUUGGAAACAUACACCAGCUCAUUGGCGCUCUACCCCAUCGUAGACUCGGAGACUUGGCCAAGCAACAUGGACCUCUUAUGCACCUGAGGAUCGGACAAGUAUCCGCCGUAGUUGUUUCAUCAGCAAAGUUCGCCAAAGAGGUGAUGGAAACACAUGAUAUUAUCUUUGCAUCAAGGCCUGAGGUCAUUGCUACAAGACUCUUUUCAUAUGAUUAUACAAAUAUUACAUUUGGUCCAUAUAGUGAUUACUGGAGAAGACUACGUAAAAUUUGCAAGAAGGAGCUCUUAAGUGCCAAGCGGGUUCAGUCUUACCGGCCUAUUAGGGAAAAAGGGGUACUGAAUCUCAUCAAAUGGAUUGGUUCAAGAGCAGGAUCACCUAUUAAUCUUACGCAGAAAGUUAUGUCUUCCACAUAUAGCAUCACUUCAGAAGCAGCCUUUGGUAAUCAAUGCAAAGAUCAAGAAGAGUUCAUAGAUGUGAUGAAGCAAGUUAUCAAAGCAGCAUCAGGCUUCAAUGUGGUAGAUGUUUUUCCUUGUUUCAAGAUACUUCAUAUGAUAAGUGGAGUGCAGCAAAAACUUGAGAGGCUUCACAAAAAAUCUGAUAGAAUUAUGGAAAACAUCAUCAAAGAACAUAUACAAGCUACAACAACAACGAAAAGUGACGAUGAGGCUCAAGUACAGGAAGAUCUGGUAGAUGUUCUCCUAGGAUUUCACGACCCUUCUGGUGGCCAUGAGUUUUCUUUAACCACUGAUAACAUCAAAGCAAUUAUCUUGGAUAUAUUUACAGCAGGGAGUGAGACAUCAUCUACAACUGUAGAUUGGACGAUGUCAGAAUUGAUAAGACACCCUAAAAUCAUGAAAAGGGUACAAGAUGAGGUGAGGGAAGUGUUCAACAGAACACAGCAAAUAAACGAAACAAGCAUCAGAGAGAUGAAAUAUUUGAAGUUGGUUAUUCAAGAGUCACUGAGGUUACACCCUUCUGUUCCCCUGUUACUCCCAAGAGAAUGUGGAGAGAGGUGUGAGAUUGAUGGAUAUGAAAUACCUGUCAAAACAAAGGUAAUCGUGAAUGCUUGGGCAAUCGGAAGAGAUCCCAAUUAUUGGAGUGAGCCAGAGACCUUUAAUCCGGAGAGAUUUCUUGAUAGCUCUAUUAGCUACCAUGGAACAAACUUUGAUUAUAUCCCAUUUGGUGCUGGAAGGAGAAUAUGCCCUGGCAUGUUAUAUGGUAUGGCUAACGUUGAGCUCCCAUUAGCAAUGUUGUUAUACCAUUUUGAUUGGAAACUCCCCAAUGUAAUGAAGAAUGAAGACUUGGACAUGGCUGAGGAGUUCGGCGUUAUAGUCUACAGAAAACAUGAUCUGCAUUUGAUUCCCACUCCAUAUCAUCGUGUACCUUUAAACUAA